UAUCACUGUCAGAUUGCUUGACUUUCAAUUUUACUCAGCUGUGUAAUUUUCAUGGAAAAAUCGAAUUUGCAUCAGCAAAAUAAUAGUAUCAUGUGCUAAAAUGUAGUUAUAAAUAAUUUAUUUUAACCCAAUAAUUCAAUUAACAUUCUUAUUACUGACUCAGUAGUGGAGUUUAACUUAUAAAAUAUGUUUUCUCUGAGGACUUGUUCAAUACUUAGUUCCAAAGUCUUUACGACGAACUGCAAAAUUUUAAGUUUUCAGGGUCAUGUCAUAAAUAGAUACAAGGACACAAGUUUGGAGUGCCAAUGUCAUGGGACUGAUCAGCGUCGCACAUUCCUCAGCUUUCCUCAGGCCAGUCGCAAGCGGGAGUACUGUGGGAGGCAGCUGGUUGGGUACACCAUGGAUCAAAUGUAUGAAGUAGUAUCAGAUGUUGAGAAUUAUUACCAAUUCGUCCCUUGGUGCAAGAAGUCACUAGUCCUUAAGAAAACUGAUGACCAUCUACAAGCAGAUCUUAUAGUUGGCUUCCCUCCUAUAAAUGAGAGUUACACAUCAAGUGUAUCAUUAGUUAAGCCACACAUGGUGAAGGCAGAGUGCACGGAUGGGAGGCUCUUCCACCACCUGCUGACGCUGUGGAGAUUCAGCCCCGGCCUCAAGAGAGAGCAGCAGUCCUGCGUCGUUGACUUCCAAAUCACCUUUGAAUUCAGAUCCGCCUUCCAUUCCCAUCUAUCCAACUUGUUCUUUGACCAAGUGGCUAGACAAAUGGAAAGUGCUUUCAUAAAAGAAGUAGGCCGUAGAUAUGGACCUGCCACAAUGCCCCCACGGAAUUUAUUAUUGAAUAACCAAACAUUGAAGAGUUGACAACUGUAAUCAUAGUGAUUGAUUGACAUAGCCAAAUGUAGAUUUAUUUGAGUUACCAUACAUAACUGUAUUUAUUAUGUGAUGCUACCUACAUUUAAAUUUGUUUAUUUAUAAAAAACAAGAAGCAAAGCUUCCACUUAAUAUAGGCAAAAUUUAAGUUUA